CCAACAUCAUUGUCACUAAUGUCAGUCUGGCAGUCAUUCACCCAGAACCAUAACCUCAAAUUUGAAACCAAAUAAAAAUAAUGAUACACAGUUUAUUCAUUAUUAAUUCGUCGGGUGAUGUUUUCCUCGAAAAGCACUGGCGCAGUGUAAUUUCUCGUUCAGUAUGUGAUUAUUAUUUGGAGGCCCAGAGGGCCAAUCCUAAUGAUAUUUCGCCUGUGAUUGCCACCCCACAUCAUUAUUUAAUAUCGAUACAAAGGGGUGGUGUGAGCUUUGUGGCCGUAUGCAUGGAGGAAAUCCCGCCUUUGUUCGUUAUUGAAUUUCUCCAUAGAGUUGUUGACACAUUCCAAGACUACUUCUCUGACUGCACUGAAUCCAUAAUUAAGGAGAAUUACGUCGUGAUUUACGAGCUUUUAGAUGAAAUGCUCGACAAUGGUUUUCCCCUAGCCACGGAGAGCAACAUCCUAAAAGAACUAAUCAAGCCCCCCAACAUUCUAAGAACGAUCGCCAACACUGUAACCGGAAAAACCAAUGUGAGCGAAGUGUUGCCAACCGGUCAACUUUCCAACAUUCCGUGGAGACGCACUGGCGUCAAAUACACCAACAACGAAGCCUACUUCGACGUAAUUGAAGAAGUAGACGCCAUUAUAGACAAAUCCGGGGCCACCGUAUUUGCAGAAAUACAAGGCUACAUUGACUGCUGCAUUAAAUUGAGUGGCAUGCCUGAUUUAACCCUCUCGUUUAUGAACCCGCGGCUGUUCGACGACGUCAGUUUUCACCCCUGCGUCAGGUUCAAGCGAUGGGAGGCAGAACGCGUACUGUCGUUUAUCCCUCCCGACGGCAAUUUUCGCCUGAUUUCGUACCACAUCAGCAGCCAAAGCGUCGUCGCAAUCCCGAUUUAUGUCAGACAUAACUUGUCGAUUAAAACUGGGGAGCAAGGGAGGUUAGAUUUGACAGUAGGGCCAAAACAAACGCUCGGUCGUACUGUCGAAGCGGUGAAGAUUGAGGUUUUGAUGCCCAAAUGUAUUCUAAAUUGUGUUCUUACUGCCAAUCAGGGUAAAUAUAAUUUCGAUCCGGUUUCAAAGAUCUUGCAUUGGGAUAUUGGGAGGAUUGAUGUGACAAAACUGCCGAAUAUUAGGGGGAGUGUUUCUAUCGCCAGUGGUUCGAAUACCGCUGAAAUAAAUCCUUCCAUAAAUGUGCAUUUUACUAUAAACCAGCUCGCUGUGAGUGGGUUGAAGGUAAAUAGGCUUGAUAUGUAUGGUGAGAAGUACAAGCCCUUUAAGGGUGUGAAGUAUAUAACGAAGGCGGGCCGAUUCCAGAUUAGGAUGUAGACAAACAACUGCAAUAUGUGUUUCAUUUAAUGUUAAUCUGAAUCUUUUGUUUAUUUUUGUUUAUAAAUAUAUGAAAUUGAAAAUAAAUCUUAUUUAUCUA